GCAUCUCUGGAACCGUCGUGAAGUUCACGGAUGAACUCGUGUUUCAAAUAUGGGCAAUUUUACGAACUUCGACAUGUUCACCACGAAUUCUUCACGAGUGACAAGGGAUCCCGGUUUUAGUGAAUUAUUGCGUUCGGCGGAACAAUUGUCCGCUGCCGUAGAAGGAAACGAAGAACUUCCUCAAGUUCAGAGAAACCUUCGUCAAAUCUUAGAAGCAUCUAACGAACUUUGGUCUCGUGUCACACAAACCGGCACUCAAGAUAAUCAGGUUCAAGCGCAUCUCUUGCUUGGGUCACGUGGUGUUGAUCUGCCACAAAUAUCACAGAAGUUAAGUUCGCUUAGCGCAAGACGCACGUUCGAACCUUUAGAUCCAAUCGCAGAUACAGAUAUAGUUAGUUACCUCAGAAAUGAAAAGGAAAAUGCUAUCUUAUCGAUCAUCGAGCAAGUUCAUAAAGAUACUUUUGAACUUACUAGAGUUCAACAAAUGGAACAUAUGUUGGGGGAGUGGAAGCAAAUGCGUUAUGAAAUAAUAAACGGUAUGACGGGUCCUUCCGGCGACCUAGUGAAUUUAAGCGGAACUCCUCAGCGAACCAAAUUAGCCGGUUCGAUGAUCAGUGGUUUGUCCAGCGUGGAAGUAGCGUACGCCAAAGAGUUACAAAAUUACAACAAACAUAUACGCGAACGUAUGACCAAGCCGAGUCUGUUCGAUGCAUUUUGUAAAGCUGCCGAGUCGUUUAACGAUAAGAAAAUUGUAGAUAUGUGGCAAAUGGUCCAGUAUAUGGUAGACAUUCCACCGAUUCCUAAAAAGGAUCAAAUUAAAUCCAGAAGUACUCCCAUAGUUGAGAAAAAAAUUAUAUUACAAGCUAGAAAAUAUUUGGAAAAUAGAUACAGAGAUUUCAUGACUUCCGUUAUUAGCGAAAACUUGGCAAUGGCGAAGAGGGGUGGCAUUCCAGGCACCGUGCCAUUAGUUAAAAGUUUUGUAAGCAUUAAAGUACAAAACGUUAGGGAUCUAGAAGAUACUGUAGUUGAGAAUAAACCACUGUGGCCUUUGGUCUAUUAUUGUAUGAGACUCGGUGAUUACAAAGCAGCGUUGACGUGUCUCAAUGAAUGCAAUACAGAAUUUCCAGAGUUCAAAGCUGCGUUAGAAGGAGCUUGCAACGACCCUGACCGACAUCCUAACAGUUACGCGGAAUCGAAUCUGAAAUUGCAAUACAGGAAACACGUCAGGUCGGUCACAGAUCCGUACAAAAGAGUAGCAUAUUGCGCGUUGGUUCCCUGCGAACCGGACGAUUUACAUUCGGAUAUAAUUAGUACGGCCGACGAUUAUUUAUGGCUGAAAUUGUGUCAAGUUAGAGAUCAACCAGAUUCGGAAAACAAAUUGACGUUAGAUUAUUUGCAAACUACGAUAUCGGAGAUAUAUGGGGAAUCUUAUUAUCAUGCGCAUGAACAACCGUUUGUGUACUUUUCGAUGCUAUUCUUAACUGGUCAGUUCGAAGCAGCGAUUGAAUUUUUGGCAAGAGGCGCGGGAGCGAAGCAUUUGCCGCAUGCGGUGCAUUUAGCGGCCGCCAUGCACGAGCAUAACUUCCUAGGAGUCAGUCAAAGUGUAUUAGCGCCAUUGCUGAGCGUCGAUCCAGCUGAUAAACCACCUGCCAAACGAUUAAAUUUCGCUAGAUUGAUAUUGCUGUAUGUCAGGAGGUUCGAUACCACUGACCCGAAAGAAUGCGUGAAUUAUUUAUUCUUAUUAAGGAGUAUGAAAGAUCCUCACGAUCGUAACAUGUUCGCCGUGUCAGCCGCGGAAAUGGUAGUAGAAGCCUCACCGGCAAAUAAAAUUCAAUUAGUUGGAAAGAUAGACAAGAAUCAUUGGGGUCCAGGAAUUCUGGACCAAUUUUUACUUAACAAGGAAGACGUGGUAAACAUCAGCGCGGAUACAUUGUACAGGAAAGGUCUUUUAGAAGACUCUGUAACGAUGUACGAUCUCGUUGGUAAUUACGAGAAGGUUCUUAAUCUAAUGUGCACCCUUCUGGCGCAAGUCGUUAGUCAAAAAGUUUCACCGGGGUCGUUGAGAUCGCGACUGCAAGUCACUGCUACCCAACUAAGCACAAGGUAUGUAGGUAACCAGAUACACGCACCGUCCAAAUUAAUGUCUGCGUUUCAAACUUUGAGACAUUUGAUGGUGUUUUUUGAUCAGUUUCAUAACGAACAAUAUCAGAGUGCUCUUAGGACUAUUGCCGAAUCAAAGUUGUUGCCAUUGCAUAUAAAAGAAGUCGACGAGAGGGUGAAUGCAUUGCGUCGCGUGUCGCCCGAAGUAGCUGGUACGUUAGCGGACGUCCUUCUGGCGACAAUGACGAUACUUUAUCGUCAAUAUCAAAAGUUACGGUCGACGGAACCGGGCGACGAAGAAGCAAGGAAGCAACAAUUACUCGAUCUUCGGGAACAGGCGCGCGCAUUAACGAGUUUCGCGGGUACACUCCCGUACCGUAUGCCAAACGAAACGAACAGUAAACUCGUACAAAUGGAGAUCCUUAUGUGUUGA